AUGGCAAAGCUCUCACGUGGUGCCCCUGGUGGCAAGCUUAAGAUGACCCUCGGUCUGCCUGUCGGCGCAGUCAUGAACUGCUGCGAUAACAGCGGCGCCCGCAAUCUUUACAUCAUUUCCGUCAAGGGUAUUGGUGCGCGACUCAACCGUCUUCCAGCUGGUGGUGUUGGAGACAUGGUUAUGGCAACUGUCAAGAAGGGAAAGCCCGAGCUGAGAAAGAAGGUCAUGCCCGCCGUUAUCGUCAGACAAUCAAAGCCAUGGAGACGAACAGACGGUGUUUUCUUGUACUUCGAGGACAACGCUGGUGUGAUUGUCAACCCCAAGGGCGAGAUGAAGGGAUCAGCAAUUACAGGACCCGUCGGAAAGGAGGCAGCUGAGCUAUGGCCACGUAUUGCAAGCAACUCUGGUGUCGUCAUGUAA